UGAAGUCAUGUAUCCCACACAUUCACUGAACCCACACAAAUCCUAUAUUGUACGAUUCUAACACCAAAGGGAUAGAUAAGGCUCUAGUGUAGCAGAUACAAAAGCCAUAGCCAUGACGAAACUCAUGUGCUUAUGUUUCAUCAUCCUCACUAUUGCGGUAGCCGUGUCGGCUGAUGAAUGUGAGGGUGACCGACAGGCCAUGAUCAAGGAGUGUGCUAAGUAUCAACAAUGGCCAGCAAAUCCGAAGUUAGAUCCAUCGGACGCAUGUUGCGCCGUGUGGCAGAAGGCAAACAUCCCAUGCCUUUGCGCUGGUGUCACCAAGGAGAAAGAGAAGAUAUGGUGUAUGGAGAAGGUUGGCUACGCUGCCAAUUUCUGCAAGAAGCCCUUCCCACAUGGCUACAAGUGCGGAAGUUACACAUUCCCUCCUCUGGCGUAGUGAUUCUAGUUUAGUAGCGGGAGGAGAAGCAUUAGCAUUUACAUUAUAUGUGUGUGGCCUCACAAGAGCUUCCCUUUCAAAUCUAUAAUUCUUGAGGUUGUACUCAUAAUAGUUUAUGUUAGGAACUAUCUAUGAGAAGGUUUGUGAAACUAAUAAAGUCUUCUCCUCAAAUUGUCUAAAUUAUGUUUGUUCAUACACAACAUUUUUGUUCUAUUUAUGGCUCAUUGUAGGUGAAGGGAUCAAGGAUA